CUCCAAUUGCAAUGGUCGCGCGCACCAAGCGCCGCACGACUGCUCCGCCGGCGAAGCGCGCCAAGGUCGCUGCGGUCGCAUCGAUCGAAGCGCUCAGUCAAGACAUCUUUCUCCACUUUGCUACGUUUCUCCAGCCCAACGAAGCGCUGCGUCUCGCGAGCUCGAGCCUCGUGUUUGACCGCGCUAUGGACGACAACGUGUGGCGCGCCAUGCUAUUGCACCAGUGCCAUGUCCAGCCGUCGCUGCUCAAGCCGCGCACGCAGACGCGCAAGAUGGUUAUGAACCUCGCGCAGAAGAAGAGUUGCGAGCGCUGCGACCGCUUCAUGGCCCACGGGUGUCGUAUUAUCAAGGUCCACACGAAGCACCGCGGCAAGAGGCUCUGCGAUCACUGCUUUGAGCUUCCGAUGUUCAAGGAAAUCAGCCACAUGGAUGCAAUCGCAGAGUACAAGCUCACGCAUGAGCAGCUCCGGGGACUGCGGCACCGCCUCGUUACGAUGGGGGACUACGAUUUAGGCGAGCGCUUCAAGACGAUGAUGUACAACCUCCAAGCUGUUCUCGACCUUGUGGUCAAGUUGCGCUCAUAGUCGAAUGCGUCGAUGUUUCGACUGAAUAGCAGUGGCGUGUAAUUAGCUUGUUCAAGUCGCGGCAGAUUGCUCGAUUGCUGACCAGCGUUUGACAAGGAAAAGUGACGAUUGCAAAGCAUCAAGUUCGACGAAUCAAUUUAGAAUGCUCUUCCUUAUACA